CGACCGCUGAGCAGGAGGGAUACAAGAUGGCGCAGGCAAUAUUUGAAGUGCUUGAAGGCAUGGACAACCAGACGGUUCUGGCGGUUCAGUCUCUGCUGGACGGCCAAGGAGGAGUUCCUGAUCCCAACAACCAGAACGUCUCUGGGACGCCCACUAUCCAGUCGAUGGACGAUGAAGACGUGUUCCUGUGCGGCAAGUGUAAGAAACAGUUUAACUCGCUGCCAGCCUUCAUGACACACAAGAGGGAGCAGUGCCAGCCCAACGCCCCCUCCCUGUCCACGGUCUCCUUGGCCUCCACCAACGCCUACACAGCCGUCCCGUCCAUCAGCUCCGUGCCGCAGACUCCUGCCAACAGACAGGUGUCCACCUACAUCACAGUCCCUCCGUCCCCUCUGACGCACACUCUGGUCCAAGGCAACGUGCUGGUCAGCGACGACGUUCUGAUGUCGGCCAUCUCAGCCUUCACUUCUAUUGACCAGCCCAUGGCCGCCAUGCAGACACCUGUACAGAGCAACCUAAGCAUGCACACAGCUGGUGUCUCCUACCUUCAGCACCAUCACCACCACCACCACCACCAUCAUCAUCAUCACCAACAGCAGCAGCAGCAACAGCAGCAACAGCAGCAACAGCAGCAACAGCAGCAGCAGCAGCAGCAGCAGUCCUCCCACCCACUGCCCUCCAGCCAGGCACCAGCCCACCCCCUACCAUCUGGACAGCCCGCCCAGCCGCCACUGUCCUCACAGGUCCCAGCAAACCACAGCAACUCAGUGGUGCAGGUGUACAGCACGCUGCCCCACAUGGCCGGGAGCGGCGGUGCUGAGAUCCACACCCUGGGUCUGCAGCCUUUCCAUUCUGUACAAGUGCCCAGUCAGUGUGUGGAGAGUCAGUCAUUCACUACCCCUCCUGUCUACAGCCCCGGGAAGCAAGGCACCAAGACAAAGACCUGCAGCAUCACCACCAACAUGACAGAGCUGGGUGACUUUGAAAAGGUCAUCAUUCCCAAAAGACCCAGGAACAGCAAAAAAAGCUCAGAUGGAGCCACAGCAGAGCAGCUGAAGGGAAAAGGCCCCAAACUAAAGUGUAACUUCUGUGACAAAAUCUUCUCGAAAAACUUUGAUCUUCAGCAGCACAUUAGAAGCCACACAGGAGAGAAGCCGUUCCAGUGCAUCGUCUGCGGCCGCGCCUUCGCCCAGAAGUCCAACGUGAAAAAACACAUGCAGACACACAAGGUGUGGCCCAUGAGUGUGGCCAGCACAGUGUCGAGACUACCAAUCACAGUAAAGGUGGUCCCAGUGUCGUCCAAUGAGGAAGAAGGGGACGUGGAGCAGCAGCAGGUUCAACAGGAUGAAGACGGGCCACAGCAGCAGAGCAAGCAGCAAACACAAGCAGAAGCAGAGGACGAGUCGGCACAGUGUGUGAAAUGUCAGAGCAGAUAUUCCACCCAGGAGGCCCUGGAACAGCAUCUACUGACUGCCUCGCACAGCUUUCCCUGCCCGCACUGCCAGAAGGUGUUCCCGUGUGAGAGGUACUUCAGACGCCAUCUCCCCACUCACGGCGUCGGAGGGAGGUUCAAGUGCCAGAUCUGCAAGAAGGCCUUUAAGACUGAGCACUACCUCAAACUGCACACUCGCAUCCACUCAGGUGAAAAGCCUUACAAAUGUUCCCUCUGUGAGGCGACGUUCAACAGGAAAGACAAAGUGAAGCGACACAUGCUCAUCCACGAACCCUUUAAGAAAUACAAGUGUCCCUUCAGGACACACGUCGGCUGCACCAAAGAGUUCAACAGACCAGACAAACUCAAGGCCCACAUCCUGUCACAUUCUGGUAUCAAACCCUACAAGUGUUUAUUCUGUCAGAAGGCGUUCAGCCGCAGGGCCCACAUGCUCGAGCAUCAGCAGUCCCACACGGACAACUACCGCUUCAGGUGCUCCACCUGCAACAAGGGAUUCACCAGGCAGAGCUACUACAGAGACCACAAAUGUCCCACCGUAGGAAAUGGACCAGAGACUGAACAAGAGACAGGAGAGGCAGAGGGAGACAAGGUUGCAGGAUUCCUGAGGGCCAAGGAGAAGGACGGAGAAGAUGACUGGAGAAGAAGCAGGUGUAUGAGAAAAGCAAGAAGGUCACGGACUAGGGGAGAUGAUGGAGAGGGGGAGGACAGCUCAAAGGGCAGCCAGGUGGAGACACCUGGGGAGGAGGAGGAGGAGGAUGAGGAGGAGGAGGAGGAUGAUGAGGAGGAGGAGGACGGAGAGGGAGAGGAGAGGGGGACUGACGAGGGCUGUCAGGCCGCUCUGUCCAUCACGGCCAUGGAGGAGCAGAUGGUAGGAGAAGAGGAGGAGGAGGAGGACGGCGUGGAUCAUGGCGGAAAGCCCCUGGAGCAGCUUCAGAGCGAUGAGCAGAACUGUCUGCAGCAGCCAUGUUUGUAGUCUGAGGGACAUUUUUCUGGAUGUAGACCAACUAAGAGACUUGGUUAUGAAAAACAGUCUGGGAAUUUAUGUUAUUAUUUGUUUUAAAUUAAAACGUUAUUUAAAUUAUU